AAUCCGUUCGUUAUCCGGGAUAUAUACACAAUAGGAUCCAAGAUGGCUGAGUUUGGAGCCUCAAACCACGGGGAUACUGCGCUGAAUUAUCAAGAAAAAGAGUUAAAUGAAAGAUUAAAGCGUCUAUAUCCAGCUGUGAACGAAGAUGAGUCCCCUCUGCCCCGAUCGUGGAGCCCAAAAGACAAGUACAACUAUAUCGGACUGUCACAGAACAAUCUCCGUGUACACUAUAAAGGACAUGGAAAAAAUCACAAAGAUGCUGCGUCCGUUCGCGCAACGCACCCGAUCCCCGCAGCUUGUGGCAUAUAUUACUUCGAGGUGAAGAUAGUGAGUAAAGGCAGAGAUGGGUACAUGGGAAUUGGACUGUCUGCCCAGGGUGUCAAUAUGAACCGACUGCCUGGUUGGGACAAACAUUCAUAUGGUUACCAUGGAGAUGAUGGACAUUCCUUCUGCUCUUCAGGAACUGGACAACCAUAUGGUCCCACUUUCACCACUGGAGAUGUCAUUGGUUGCUGCGUUAACCUCAUAAAUAAUACCUGCUUCUACACAAAGAAUGGCCACAGUUUAGGAAUAGCAUUUACAGACCUUCCUCCUAACUUGUACCCAACAGUAGGACUUCAAACACCUGGUGAAAUAGUAGAUGCUAACUUCGGACAGCAGCCUUUUGUCUUUGACAUUGAAGAUUACAUGCGGGAGUGGAGGGCAAAGAUUCAUGGUACAAUUGAGCGAUUCCCCAUAGGAGACAGAUUAGGGGAAUGGCAGACAAUGCUGCAAAACUCAUUAUGUGAGAAUUUGUUUUGCAGCUUGGUGUCGUCUUACCUGGUGCAUCAUGGGUACUGUGCGACAGCAACUGCCUUUGCCAGAGCAGCAGGGCAGACCAUUCAAGAGGAGCAGAACUCAAUCAAAAACAGACAGCGAAUACAAAAGCUAGUUUUAGCAGGAAGAGUGGGUGAAGCUAUAGAAGCAACGCAACAAAUGUAUCCAGGACUGCUGGAGCGUAACCCAAACUUGCUUUUUAUGUUAAAAUGUCGGCAGUUUGUGGAGAUGGUGAAUGGUACAGACAGUGAAGUGCGCUGUUUCAGUGCCCGUAGCCCUAAGUCUCAAGGUAGCUACCCUGGAUCACCCAACAUGAGCCCCAGGCAUGGAGCCAAUAACUCUCACAUCAACAAUGCAGGAGCAGAAAGUCCAAAUUGCAGCAAUGGAAUUGUGCCAUUGAAAAGCAAACCAAUUCACAACAAAUACCCAGCUAUAAGUUCAUCAUCUUCAUCAUCUUCAUCUUCUUCCUCACCUUCCUCUGUAAACUAUUCAGAGUCCAAUUCUACAGACUCUUCCAAAUCCCAGCAACACAGUAGUACAAGUAAUCAGGAAACCAGUGACAGCGAAAUGGAAAUGGAACCAGAGCACUACACCAAUGGAGUCUUGGAAAAUUCCUCCAGUAGAAUAAUGAAUGGCAACUAUAAACACGAAGAAAUCCUGCAGACAGAUGAGUCCAGCAUGGAGGACAGCUGCCCUCAACGUCAGCUUUGUGGAGGUAACCAAGCUGCAACUGAACGCAUGAUCCAGUUUGGACGGGAGUUGCAAGCUUUGAGUGAACAACUUUGCCGAGAAUAUGGAAAGAACGCCACACACAAAAAAAUGUUGCAGGACGCAUUUAGCCUGCUAGCGUACUCUGAUCCUUGGAGCUGUCCAGUUGGGCAACAGCUUGAUCCCAUCCAGAGAGAACCUAUCUGUGCUGCCCUUAAUAGUGCUAUUUUAGAAUCUCAGAAUCUGCCAAAGCAGCCACCGUUGAUGCUUGCACUGGGCCAGGCCUCUGAAUGCCUCCGGCUAAUGGCACAUACAGGGAUUGGUUCCUGUUCAUUUGCCAGAGUGGACGACUAUUUGCACUAGCUGCUGUGGCAGUGGAAAGACCUCAGAUACUGCCCCCUCACCUCCUGUUCAAGACCUACAGCAACCCUUCGCCUUUUCUCGAAGACCAUCACACUGCCCACAACACAGGUGCUGACUGAUCUUCUUUCCUGCCAGCAUCCUCAUUACAUUUUAUCAGGUUACACGACUGAAAGCAUUGCGUUUUGGAAGAGAUCAUGGGUGCAGUAGUGCACUAUAUAAAUGUAGCAUAUUCCACUCUGAGUUCUUGGUCACUGAGCCGCCAGUAUUUAACCUGGAGGUUUUGUCCUGUGCUAGCUUCUUGUUUACUGGUUAUCAUUAGGGCUGUAACAAAGAUCACAUAUUUAGGAACUUCAUUUGUUUAUUUUUUUUAAUGAGACAAAUAAUAUCUUGAAAUUGUAGCAACAUAAUCUGGUGCUGUUCUGGUUCCUCAGCACUAAUCAUGAUGCUUCAACUCCAGGCUUCUUUUCCUUAAGCAUAAAAUCUCAUGGCCACCUAAAGUUUUGGGCUGUAUCAUUUCCAAAACUUUUAAUUCUCCUUUCUUUCACCCCAGUUUUCACCAAAAAAUACACUGUUGAUUUGUUACAACCCUAGUAAUCAACCAUAUUUGGUUUACAUCUUUUCCAUAUUCUACCUGUGUAUAUUCAUUUGGAACAAUGCUGCUCAUCAACACUUUGCUCUUUCAUUUGCUGUUCUGCCGUUCAGCCAUAACUUCCACUUGUUCCUUGUGGGAACUCUUUAAAAACCACAUCAUGUCAGGUUAUUCCACGUACAUUAUGAACAUGCAGCUGUGAGUUCAAGUCACCUUCUCAAACUGACACUUCCAUUGAGCCAUCCCAUUUAAUAAUUUGGGCCAGAGUAGAAUGGAGUUGGGAUGCAAGGAAAGUAAUGGCAGGCAGCUAAUGUGGGUGCAAAACUAGCUUAUGUUUCUUGAGGUUAGAUCAAUCAAGGCAAAUGUUAAUUACAAUAGUUGGAGGUAUACAAUUCUGCAAGUUUACAAAACUUCUCUUGAAAAGGUUUACUUAAUAUGUGUUUGCUUUAAUUCAGAUUAACCUCGGUAAAGCUAGUUGACUAGUAACUAAUUCCACAGAUGCCUGAUUACUAUAGCACUGAUUCCACAUUUUGAGCUAAGCUCUGCAAUAUUAUUUAUUGAACAAUCUUUUCUAGUAGAUGUUAAUCUUUAAACUCAUGUCAAUGUAAUUGUACCACUUAAAAGAAAUCAUCAGGUUAUUGUUACAUCAUAAAUCUAACUCUCCAAAGAACAAAGUUCCACACAUAAACCGAGAAGAUGGAACAGUGCUGUGGAUUCCUGUUACAAUCUCAAAUAUCAGAAAAAGGAACCUAGUUGCUUAAAGUCGGGCAGUAUUAUUGGUGAAUAAUUUUUCAAAAAGAAUAAUUUCAUAUUAGGAGAAUAAGCUGUAAUCAGGAAUUAAAGCAUGUUCUGAGUAAUUAGUCUAAGUCAUAGCAGGAGAGAUGGAAUUGGGGCUAUAGUACGUCACUUGAGAGUUAAAGGCAGUUGCACAAUGCAGUUCUAGUAAAUGUUGCAUUUUAUUAGUUUUUUAUUUAGGCUAUUAUCCUUGAAUUCCCUUCCACUGGUGCUAGUCUAAUUUGGAUUCAGUGAGUCAUCUUCAGAAUUUGAUGCUAAAUGUAAUUCUAUCAUCAUAACCUAGAAUUAAUUCAAUUAUAGUUCCCAAAGAAUAAUUUCAAGAAAGAAAUGCAGCUGUCUGCAUAUAAGGAAGAAUUUGGAGGUAUGUGCACUUUGUGCAGAUUAUAGUGGCAUAGCACUGCUCCAUAAAUAGGAGGUUUUGAUGCUGGAAAAUCCUUACAUGAUCCUAUUUUAAUUUAAAACCUUCUAUGCUGUUGACUUGCCUGAUUCUCCUAUAAUUGAAUUUGGUAUUAGGUGUGGAAAUAGGGAACCAAAACGAUAAAAUUUGGAUGUGAAUGUGGAAAAGAAGAUAAUGUGGCUAAACAUAACUUCAGUGGAAAGCAGAACUACUUGCCAUUUCUUAGAAAACAAAUAUAUGAAGGGAGCUGAUGGGUUUGUACAAGGCUUCUAUGAUUAUGAGCAAAUCUGAAGAGUCUCUGGGUUCAGAUGAAUUAUUUCCAUUUUGGGUACUUUUUCCAUCUUGUGCACUAAUUAGUUUCAUAUUAGUUAAAAUUGAUCAAACCUCUGCAAAGAAAAUAGUGGUACCGUGUAGGAAGAAUUAUUGAUGAAAAGUCAAUUUACAGGAAACACAUUUUUAAAUUAACAUCUUGGUAUUGUUUUUCUUUUGGCUUUUUGAAUAUGAUGGCUAUUUCAAAUGUUACAUUACAAUUGUGUUACUUCAAAAAAUAUUCCAUUCCAAAUUUCUUGUUAUGAUUUUACCCACAUAUUUAACUUUCCCAUGUUGUUAGUUGCUGUUUGACAAGGAGAGCUAUUUUGCCAAAUUCCUGCCUAUCCCACAUUAAUCUGCCAUAAUGAAGUAGAGAGAAAUGAUGGAGUUGAAUAUUUUCUUCUCAGCCAGUCCCUGAAGCUUGUUAACAUAUAAUGGUCCUUGUGACUGACUAUCCAUUGUAUUAGUUGAUGGUGUAGUUCUGCAACAAAUCUAUUAGCUCAAAAAUUCCAGCUUUAGGAAUUUAAGAUAUUGCAUUUGUCUGGGAACUGUGGCGUUGUGUAGCUGGUUUUUUUUUUGACAAUGUACAUUUUAAUAUCUAAGCACUUGUGCAACCCACAAAAUUGAAGGAACAGUCUGUUAUUGAUACAAGAUUUCUGGCAAUGCUUUGAGAAUGCUAAGUUUUAGAAGGCCAAGUUAUGUAUAAAAAAAUACAAUUCUUGUUUCAUUUUUUUAAUCAAGCCUGGAUGAGCAGUUCUGUGCGCAUAAAUUUAACACAAGUGUGAUAAUGGAACAGAGCUGACUGACAUCUCCAAGUUUUAAUUCUGCACAUGGAUUGAGUAACUCUGAUGGAGAGUUUUACCCCCAUGAGCUACUGGUGUGGCUUGGUGGGAUGGAGAAGGGUUCAUAUAGAUGGCAGGGUAAGGUUUGAAGUCUAAAGCAAAAACAAGUGGAACUGUUCUGCUAUGCAUGGAUUUUUUGCUCAUGCAUGCAAGAAUUCAUACAUUGUGAAGAAUAUUAAUUCACUACAAAAUCAGACUAGUUUGGGCCUGUGAUGAAGGGAGGAAGGCCAGCUGAGGAGACCAAAAUAUCAAAGACGUCUGGAAGUUAUUUUGCCUGUGAAUUACAAUGAAUAUACUAGCCACUCUCUGACAGAGUUGGAUUUAUCUUAUGAACAUCAGACAUUGGUGUAGAUAUUUCAAAGUGUUUAUAAAAAUCAGAAUCCAUAGCAAAGUACUUGUUCCCUUCAGAUGUGUAGUGGAACUUUAAAAGUAGUACAGUGUAUGCUGUAGAAACAAAUGGGAAAAGGGGGCAAUAACAUAGUGAGUUGUGAGAACUACAAAACUGCUAGAAUUUUAUGGUCUACAGGAGAUGGGAAGAAAUUCAGCGAAAUGUGCAUUGCACACACAUUUGAGUGCCAAUUCGCUUCUGAAAUCGAUUCUACUGAAGUUAAUGGAAUCAGAUUUCCUAAGUACAUAUAGUUCAAUGCACAGCUGCUACUAUAUUGCACAUUGAACAGCAAAUAUGAAUUUCAACCCAAGUAUUCCAUUCCAGAUUAUUACUUUUAAAUUAAUUUGAAGGCUAUUAAUGCCUCUGUAUCAUCCCUGUCAGCUUGUUAGUCUUUUGCAUAACUGUCAGAAUCCUGAGACAGUUUUCAAAUAAUGUGACACAUUUUGCAGUUUUGCAAGGCACAAAUGCAUGCAGAAUGGGCAACACACGGUGGUUUAUGUGUCCUUUACAUGUGGUAUUUUUGCUCCUAGCAGAGUAAUUUAACAGCAUCGAUAUUCUAAUUUUAUACAAUGUUUUCCAUAAUGUUCUUGGGUUAAUGGAGCCUUUUUAAGUUUAACUCUUCAUCUUCUGGAGAUUCUGUUUAUUUAAAAUUGUAAGACAAUGUUAAUGAAUCCAACCUUAAAGUUAAUGCCUUGUAUUUGAAUUUGUCAGGGGGUUAAUUAAAAGGGAAGUUUGUGGAAUUAAUCCACAAUCUGAAAAUUAAUGACACUGACAAUGGUUCACCCCUCAUCUUAUCUCGUUACUCUUGGCCUUGUUUUCAACAUAUUUUGGGUUAAAACAACAUUUAAGCAGACAUAGUAGAUCUCCAGUUGUUAAAAAUCCAGUGAUGUCACUGUGAAACAUUGCGCACAAUACUCUCUCUCCACAAUUAAAGAGAGGGAUUUGACAAAAAAUGUUUUUCAUUCAGUCAGCCUCUAUCCACUGCUAAAGCAAAUUAAAAAAAGAAACAAUAGGCUGAAUGAUACCAAUAUAUUUACAGAUUUUUCUCAUUGUAAGUUUUGAAGUUAGAUGACAAAUUAGAUCAGUUCAAGUUUAGUUUGAGUGGCUGGAUAGUUUAUUUUCUGAAAGUUAAUAAUCUGAAAAUAAAGUAUAUUUCUUAUCUGUUUUUAUGUAUGCCAUUAAAUUUCAUUUUACCAUCUUAACAAAGCAAGUUAUUUUAACACCACAUUAACAUUAAUGUGAAUUAUAUAAGUCCUCCUCUUUAUUGUGUAUAUUGUAUUCAAAAUUCAUUUUUCUCGAGUGGUGUGGGAUACAUUUAGCAGUUUGGUUGUUUCACACAACCACGUCUUUCAGUUAAGAAACUGAAAUCAGCUCAUUUUCUCUGCACCAAAAUCCCAACCUCACCAAUCUCAGAGUGGAGGAGCAACACCUCAUAUUCCGUCUAGGUAGCCUCCAACCUGAUGACACUAAAUCGAUUUCUCCUUCCAGUAACAUUUUCCCCUCCCCCUUCCCUCUUCUUCUAAUCACCACUCUGGUUUCUUACCUCCUCCUUCUCACCUGUCUAUCACCUCCCCCGAUGUCCCACUUCCUUUCCUUUUUCCCGUGGUCCUGGUCUCCUCUCCUGUCAGAUUCCUGCUUCUCCAGCCCUUUACCUUUCCCACCCACCUGACUUCAGCUAUCAUCUUCCAGUUUGUCCUUCUUCCCUCCCCCCACCUUUUUAAUCUGGCAUCUUCCCCUUUCCAGUCCUGAUGAAGGAUUUUGGCCUGAAACAUUCACUGUUUGUUCAUUUCCAUAGGAUGCUGCCUGACCUGCUAAGUUCCUCCAGCAUUCUGGCUGUGCAUCUUUUGGAAAAGAUCAGAAGUUUAAGAAAUGAGCAGAUUAGGUCAACAAAAGGAGACUACAAUAUAGCAGAUUGUUUUCCCAUAACAACUGCUGGCUGGCCUCUGGGCAAUGGUGACACAAUUUUAGCCAAAUGCACUAAAUUGAGUAGAAUUUCCCUUGUAAACAAUACAAGUAAAUGCAAGUAAUUUACAUUGCACAAACACAUCUACCACUGUUAGUAACCAAGGAAGAAAAGCACUCAAUGAUCAAAAAGAUUACUUGCACACUUUUUGUCUGGCUACUUAACAACAAGUGUAUGGAGGAAUAAACUAAAGGGCAUUUGCCAUAUGAAUGAAAAUUCACAUUGCAUAGUUACAGAAUUAGCCACAUGAAUCCCAUUGUAGCAGAUGUGGCUGGUGGCUUAACACAUUGAUAAUGGUCUCUUGAGUAAUUAAGCAAAUAAUUUUGUCGGGAUUAAUCCCCAGUUUUUCAUGAUGUGUUCACUAGAUGCCAGUCCAUUUGAAAAUAAAUUGUACCAGAAAUGGGAGGUUUGGUCAACUUCAGAUGGUGAACAGCUCAUUAUCUGCUGUGGGUUUAAAAAUUGGAGGUGCAACCACCCCGACAUGUAAAAUUGUGCAAUUUCAUUCAGAUUGACAACUGGCAUGCAUUUCUUAAAUUGUAAAAGACAAAUUGAAUUUAAAGCAUUUUGUUUCUGACUGGGGCUGUAAAAAAUACACCAGCCAAUACCAGAAUUUACUUGCCAAUUUCUACAUACUAUUGUUCCCCAAAAAUAUUUGCAGGUUAAAAAAAUUUAAAUUUCAAGCAAAUAGACAUUCAACCAAGUGUAUACGAAGCUGAUUUGCUUGCAAACUGCUAUUCUUGAGAAGCCUGAAGGACGGUAAUUCAGCAACUUGAACUUAUAUUCAGUAUUGUGUAUUUGCAAAUAACUGAAAGGCCAGCAACAGCAGUAUUGGAAGGAGUACUGCUGAUUAUUCGCAGUCUCAUCCCAGUUGUCACUGUAAGCUGGAAAACUGUAUUGUGUACUAGGUAAGUGUGAAUGUGAGUGGCAAUAUCAUUAUUAUAUGAUAAGCUGCUAAAAGCUUUGUAAAACCAUGUAAUUUGUUUUUUUAUGUCUAUCAAUCAAUGGCGAGGUUGAUGUUUUCACCUUAAUGAGACAAUCUAAAAUAAUUUUGAAUUAAAGUUUCUGAUUUCAUUUAAUGAUAUUUGUUACUGGAAAACAAUGUUAUUAAUUUUAAAGAAAAUGCCUCACUGACGUCUUAAAGCUGCAAUUAUGCACCAAUUUAAUCUUCAUUCUGGUUUGUAUGCUUUCAGUCCAACCAAUGCGGCUACUCCCAACAUAUGUUUUUACUGAUGCCUGAGACAUUUCACAUGUUUGGGCACAUUGAAGAAAAGUGAUAAUUUAUCCUCUUUCAGUAAAUUUCCUAUUGAGUUCCGAUUGUGGAUGCAACUACACAUCAAAUUGGAAAGAGGAGCAUGCUGCAUUUUAACUUUCAUUUGCACUCACAUUGAAACCCUGAGGUUGAUGCUUUUGAGUUUGUACCUAGCACUUUGAAAUAUGGGAACAGGAGGUCUCAUUUACUGACGUUAUGAAGUGUACUGAAGCAUGGCUUUGAUUUUUUUGUGUGCUCUUUUCCUCUUGGUUGGGUUCUGCAAAACUAAUGCUAAUUUUUUUUUAAUUUUUAUUUUUAUUUUCUUUUUUAGAAUAAAACAGUAAAAAUGGUGUGACACUAUUUAAAGAUUUUAAAAAUUCUGUUAAUCUAGUAAUUCUAGUUUUGUGUACUUAACUGUGCUCAGCUUGAAACUAUUAUAAAGUCAUUUGUUUAAAGGAAGGGAAGGGUUAAUAACGUUUUAAAUUCUGUAUACAGUAUAAAAUGUACACAUUGUAAUUUAAUGAUUUUCUUUUGUGGCUCCAAACUCAGGUAUGUUACAUACAAUUUACAGCAUGGAAUGUGAAGCAAGGCAUUUUGUUUUACCAGCACAAAACUCAUAAACUAAUUUCUGCUCCAUGCUCAAUAUCAGUUUAAUUUUGUUAUGAAUUCAAAAUGAACACAUUAGCUGUGCGCAAGUUGUUCAGUUUGAGAGCAUAGUAAGUAUUUGUGAAGCAAAAAUUACUCAGUACUAGCAUGAACAUUUGGGAAACUUUUAAAACAAAAGCAAAACACACAAAAAAAGAAAAUAUGUACUAGAAAUAUGUUAAAAUGAAAUGUAUUCUGUUGUAUUUUGACAGAAUUAUUUUUAUUAAAAUACACAGUCAUGUGCUAAACUUACUGUCGUUCUUUUAUAUAACUGACCCCUAGUUUGUUGCAACUGGUUGUGAAUACAAGUUUGCUGCAAACUUGGUCUAUAAAGUAUAUGUUAACAGCAAUUUGUUGAUAUAAUUAAAAUAAA